AUUUCAAACAACAGUAAUACUACAUUUUUAAAUCUCGUACGUAAUGUUCGUGCUAUUUCUGGUGCAGGUAAGAUCCACGCUAUCCCUCAAACAGGUGAAAACUGAUGGUGAGCGCAGGUCAGACAAAUUUUCCCUAGUUUGGGAACCACUGAUCUAAAGGCUUCAAUAUGAAGGAAGCAGAGACGUAUUUACUUGUUUUCCGUUAUCUGCAAUAAAUAAAAAAUAAUGAUUGCAAAACUGUAAAUGAUAGCAGCUUCAAGAUGCUAAAACAAAAGAAACAUUUGUCGGUUAACAGCACUCAGCACUGAGUGCUCAGUACUGAGUGACUUGUAAAUCUAUUUCCUGCAGCUACAGUAAAAGGAAGUAUAUAUAUAAAAAAGUUCUAUAAAAUUGAUCAGCUCAUGCUAACUCACCAUCAUGCUCAAAACCACACGAAUACUUGUUUCUGAGAUAUUUCGCAAUAGGCUUGGGUUAAAGUGACUGUGGUUUAUGUACUCAAGUACCGACAUACGUCACUAACCGUUGGGGUCACAUGAUUUAAACUAAAUCUGGGGAAAGAAGACAUGAGGUAAAAUAAGGUCAAGGCUACAAAUGACAGUCACAGACAGAUGGAUCAAAUGACCAGCUGGAGAUAAAUGACAGGCGAAGGUUCUUUAAAGGAUCGUAGACAUAUUAACCACAGGGUGUUCAAUGAUGAUAAGUGCUGCUCUGGAUACUGAUGAUUCUUUGGAGAAGCAGAAAGUCUACAAGUUUAGAGGAGACUUGGCCAUUAGACACGGGAACUAUCAGAAAGCCUUGGAGGCAUACAGCAGCUGCCUGCAGUGGAUCGCUGACAACAAUCUGACCAUCAGACGAGAUGUAUUGGAGGGAAUGGCCCGAUGCUGCACCAAACUGGGACAGAGAGACAGGACACUGGACUUGGCUGAUUUGCUGCUAAUUCUUUGUCUGAUUUCAAAUUCACUGAUGAACUGUCAUAUUCUUUAUACUGUAUGUCACAUUGUUUAAAUAAGACAUUCAAUAGUUCUUACUUUAAAUACGACUGAUGAAGAAAACCACUAGUGUGUGGUCACAGGAUCAUUUUGAUUUUCCCUAAACUUUUUUGCAUUUUGAAAUAAACUAAAGCGAUGUAAAGAUGUCAUUCAAAACCCUUACAUUAAUAACAUCUGCAUGAUCUUUUUUUCCAGAGCAAAGAAGCCUCCAACACCUGUCACCUGACCAGCCUCCUGCUGCUUAAGACCACAGCAGAGAAAAGGGUGCUGGCCACAACAGACUGAUAGAAAAUCUCCAGCAUCUUACUGCACACAUUGAAGAAGCUCAGCCUUCUGAGGAGGAGGAAGACACCAGAGAGGACACGACCCAAACAAACCAACUGUGGCCUGUUUGUCACGUAGUCAGUGAUCCAGGAGACAGUGGACGCACUGACACCCAUCACCUGCAGCUUCUCACCCAGCAACAAAGGCUGGAUGGUGUUGAAGGCACUGGAGAAUUCAGAGAAUGUGAUUGUCACUGAGCCUCCACCACCAUCCAGGUAUAAGAGAGUGAGCUGCAGCAGAUAGAUGACAGCGUCAUCCUGAAGUGUGAGUCUGUUAUAAGCAUUGAUUGGACACAGUGUGUAUGUGUGAUCACUCGUGCUGUAUCACUGCAGAAAGAUUCAAAAUAAUUCUUUGCGUCCCCUGUAAUCUUCAGCUUGUAGCUAUCCUUUACUGACAAUUUGUGCAAUGUUAAUGUAAUACCCAGCUGUUAUUGAGGCUCUGGAUUGAUCUUGAAAAGAUUUUACAUUUUAUACAUGUUCCAGGACAAAACCCAAUAACAACAAAAAAAGCAUUUUACAUGUUUUCUUUAAAUAAUUGCAGUAUGAAAUAGUCUGGACUAAAUGUCUAUACAGAGGAUACAGUGCUGCCAACUAACACCUUACUUUAUACUUGACUUUAUUCAUCAACAUAGCUAAUCAUUAGUUAUUUAUUGAAUUAUUACACUGUUGACUUUGAAACAUGCUUCUUGGAAAUGUUAUUUUUAUUCCUCUAGUCUAACAAAUGUCUGUGUUUGUCAUUAAAAACAUUAAAACAAUAACACUUUCAUCAGGGGCAGGAACAAUGUCCCAAAAUAGAAUUGCUCGUACACAUCCAACCUUUACUGUUGAUGCAAAUUUGAAAUGUAUUUAUAGGUGUUGAAACUUUAUCGACCAGAUUGAGCUGUGUGGGUAUAAUAUGCUGAUAGAGGCAAAUACUCUUGAGGUGCUGUGACUACUGAUAACAAUCUGAACAGAAACAACUAAAAAUAAUGUUGGUGUGUUUCAAUGACGGAAGCUGUGGAGGAAGGGAAAUAAAUGUGGCUUAGUCAAGGAGAGGGGUUCAUUUUAAAACUGGUGGAUCUGGAGGGAGCUGAGCAUCACCUGGAUUAUCAGCUCUUUGUUGUGCUUUCAGAUAGAGGGGAUACAUUUGUGUAAAUCCUUUGUGAUUUCCAGUCAUUGGUCUGUGGUCAUUUGUGUCCAUCAUCUAGUCAACAGUUACUGAGGUUUCUUCUCUUUCAAAGCAAAGAUGCUGUGGACUCUGCUGUUCUUCUGUUUGAUUGGGACGUCUGCUCAGAACCAAGGAGCUAGCUGCACAACAGGAAAACUGAUAGAGGGAGGAAAAACAACUCAGUCUUCAACCUUCAAAACUCUCUCCUCUGACAAAGCUGUUGAUGGGAUAUACUAUCUCUGUGCUCACACCAGAGAGGAGCCCAACUCCUGGUGGACAAUAGAUUUACUGGGUCUAUAUGAAAUUUCCUGUAUCAACAUCAACAACACUGUUGCUGAAAAUAUUGACUUAACGAAUGCUCAGAUCCUCAUUGGGAACUCAUCUGAUGGAAACUUUGACCAUCACAAAGUGUGUACAACUAUUUCUGUCACCACCAACGGAAAAAAUCUAACAUUUCAAUGUGACAAUGGACCCAUGUCUGGACGCUAUGUUACCGUACACUUAGAAAGAACAUUUUUUGUCAUUUUGUGUGAGGUGAAGAUCUACGCUACAAAAAAACAUGGCUUGAUGCUGGUCCAAGAGAACAGAACCUGGGAAGAAGCCCUGUACCACUGCAGAGACUUAAACAUGGAUCUGGUGUCCAUCCUCGAUGAAGACACUCAGGGCUGGGUUGAGUUGGAGGCCAGGAAGGCUGACAGUCCCUAUGUAUGGCUGUGGUUUUGUGACAGUGCUGCUCUGGAUACUGACGAUUCUUUGGAGAAGCAGAAAGUCUACAAGUUUAGAGGAGACUUGGCCGUUAGACACGGGAACUAUCAGAGCAAAGAAGCCUCCAACACCUGUCACCUGACCAGCCUCCUGCUGCUUAAGGUCAGCAUCUAUGAGCAUUUUGGAGCCGCAGGAUCCAAGACGUUGCGUCUGCAGCAGCUGUGUAGCCUGCUACCGUUCAACCCCUGGCACUGGUUCAGCCUGGGUCAGACGUGUUUGCAGCUGCUGGAGAAUAAAAGAACCUCAGACAUGCUGCUCCAAGGCCUGAAUUACAGGAACUUUCAGGUGGAUGCAGAUGCACAGUCCUCUCCCUUUUCUCAGGUGAUGUCGGAGGACUUGAUCCCAGAGAAGAUGAGGGAGGACGACCAGGACGGAGAGACUCUGAUCAGUGUGUGUUUGCAGAGCUUCAGAGAGCGCUGGUGGAACAAGAUCUUACUUACAAACGUGUUAGAGACUGACGAGACACAUAGAUACAAGUCCUGA